UAAAAAGUGUUAUAUAAAAUUUGUAUUUUAUAGUAAAAUUUAAUUAAAUUGGUAAUAAAAGAUUCAAACAUCGCCGUACAAUGAAAACUAUUAACGCCAUGCUUUUAUGGUGCAUUUAUUUUGUUAUUUUUAUAUUUUGUGAUGCAAAAAAAUACGAUAUAAGCUUAAAAGAAAAACAUUCAUUGAAUAAAGAUUCGUUGAAACAUUAUCACAAAAACACUUUCACUACAAAAAAUACAAUAAAAAGUUCUGAACAAUUAAAUAUAUAUAACACGAAUAAUUCAGCUGAAGAUAAAAGAACGGUAAAAAAUAAAAACGAAAUUGACAAUACUGUAAAACACUUACUUACAUUUGGUUCUUUUAAAAUAUUAGCUACAAUUAAAUUUAUUAAAAGAAACUUAAAAUCAACGCAGAACAUUACUAACCUGGCUGAUGCUUCGAUACAAAACUACAGUUCACUGCUCAUUAGAAUGUACGAAAACAUACCUAAUGAUACAUAUAAAAGUAAUAUUGACAAAGAGUUUGUUAUAUUGAACUUGGUUGUCACAGCCAAUGAAGUAGUUUACGAUAUAAAUAAAGAAAUUUUACGUAAAAUCAUUAAUAGAACGAAGAUUGGUUUGGUUGAUAUAUAUAACAAAAAUAUAAUAAAAUUAAAUUUAAAAAAAGAACUCUACAAUAAUUAUAUGGAUGAUAAGAAAGAAUACAUGGAAUAUGUAUGUGAAAACUAUAAUAUAUGCAGAAUGUACCCAGCUUAUUCUGAUUAUAUUGCAGAUAUUUUAAAUGAAAUACUAAAAUUGUCAAACGCUAGAUUUCAUUAUUUCGUAACGAAUUCAAUAAUACUAUUCAGAGAACAGGCUAGUUUUUUCGAAACGUUGUUAGGUGAAAAGCUGCUAGUUACAAAAAUAAAAGUUAGACUAGAGGUCAUGUUUUACGGUGAUAUAUCAGAUACACGAAAGAUUUUUUUAAUGAUAAAACGAAUUUUGAUUGAAAAAUAUAAAUUACUAUCACCUAAUAAAAAAAAUAAUAAAAAUAUAUUAAAGGCCGUUGUUAUAUUAAUAGACAUAAUAAACGAAGCUUUUGAUAACGACGAAGAUGAAAUUUUGAAAAUAUUUUUCGAUAACACAAUAAAUUCUUUACGGCAUUGGUCGAAUAUAGAAGAAGAUGAUAUAUCUAGGCUACUGGGAAAUAUUGUCCGCCAUUUUGUUAAUACACUUAAAUAUAACUGGAAGCCAUUUGUAAGAAAUGAGGUUAAGACGCUCGUAGAUAUAAUUAUUAAAGGAAGAACAACUAAUAAGGAUGUUUACAAGUAUUUAUUUUCUGAAGGAUCGAAGUAUAUUAAGACAAAGCGUGAGGAUAAAACUGAUUUAUAACUAUAAUAAAUACAGAUAUCUUUGUUUCUUGCAAUUUUGUAAAAUUUAUGAUGAUGACAAAUAGACAUAGAUGAAAAAAAAAGUUGGUAGAGCUUAAGGUAAUAAAAAAAUUACUUUACGAAAAAACGAUAAAAUUUCAAUUUAUUUAAAUAAUAUUAAGAUAUACCUCGUAAAGUAAUAUGUAAAUAUUCAGCACAGAUAGGUUAAAAACUUCUUCUAUUAGAAGAACUGAUGAAGGCUCGAGCAUAUUCCACCACGCUUUAUUGAGUAUAUAUCUGGCAGAUUUUCAUUUUAUU